AUGGAUUCCGGCGAUAAAAAUGCCAUACGUCUGGGGAAACUUUUUGGCGUAUCGCGAACUAUACAAAAGCACACAGCACGACGCCUCAGUGUUACAGACCAUGAACGGGAGGAGCACGAAAGAAAGCGAACGCAAUUACUUAAGGAGUACCGUCAACAGCGCAUCUCCUCUUUAGGUGCCAACCAGCGUUAUGUAAUGGAGAUCGCAGCCGACUUAUUGAAUACAGAUAUGGAUGAACUUAUAAUGGGUUUGGUAGAUGAUCAGGCCUUUGUCGAGCUAUUGGGUGGUAUUUUCGAAGAUAAAGGGCCACGUGCAUGCAUGAUCACUUAUGCCACACAAAAGGGUUACCCACCCGAAUCGGGACGUUACCAAGAAAAACUCAAGUACGCUGAUAUCAAACGUGCCGUUUGUCUAAAAAGCGAUUUUGUCAAGAUGAAGGGUGCUUGGGUAAUCGUUUAUCGCAAUAACAACAAUAAAACUAUAGAGAAUCGCACUGUUUCGGAUGAUGUAGCAAUGUUUCGUUGGGUAACCGAAGACGGUAAUUGUCUGUAUGUGAUUAAAGAGUUUAUGAAACGAGUUUUGACUGCCUCCCUCGAGGUGGUAACGGAUUUUGGUGUUGCCGAACCUGAGCAAAAGCGCAAAUUCUUUCACAUACUCAAUAUGUAUAAUACCUUCUUGCAAUCAUCGGAGGCAAUUGUCUCGACACGCGUCAAUUUCGAAGUGUCACAUGAACUCUUCAAAGGUCUACUAUUGGUGAAGUUUCAAAUUGAGGCCAGCGCCAAAGAUGUUGGGCGGGUGCGCUUGGUGGAGCGUUAUUUUGCGCAAUGGUUGCGACAAAUUCAAGGAAUUUUGGUAGAAGGCAAACAAAUACUACGCGAUCCACCAGAUGUGGGACCCUUACAAAUGUUGGUUAACUGGCGACGGCAAUUGGCGCGCUACACCUCCAUUAUGGAGUUUGUGUCGUCGCGUGCGUUCAACAACCACAAGCAGUGUUUGAUAUUAUCACGUUCGUCGAAGCUCUUGAAGAAAUGGGCUGAGAUCGACAACCAGGUGACCUUAGUGCUAAACGAAGCCAAAGACAAUGUGCGCUACAUAUCAUCAUUACAGAAGUUUUGGGAUCCUUUGUACAGAUCCGCGCCAGACGAAAUUAUUAGCAGCUUACCGGGACUAAUGGUGGCCAUACGCAACGUCUCCAAGACGGCACAUUAUUUCAACACACCCAGCAAUGUUACCGGUCUUUUUGUGAAGAUUUCCAAUCAAAUAACCUUAACGAGUCGCAGAUAUCUGACCGACAGCGGUCGUCGACUGCUCUGGAACUUAGAACCGCAAGGCGUUAUAGCAAAAAUCAACAAAUGCAAUGAGAUUAUGGAGUACUAUAAAUCGAUUUACUUGCAAACUGUUGAAGAUAUGGCAUUCGCCAAUGAAAAUCCCUGGGUUGUCUCAAAGGUCUACAUAUUCACUUGUUUGGAAAAGUUCCAAGCUCGUUUGGAAAAGAUCAGAGACAUAUUUAAUACCGAGAUAACCUACUCUGUGCUGGAUGUCAUUACAAUCAGCGGCAUGGAGAAAUUCAAUGCACAGAUAAAGGGCGCACGUAGCACGAUCGCUUCGAAACCGUACGAUCCGCUCGACUAUCGCAUAGAGAUCUUCAAUAAAGACUAUGAAGUAUUCGUUAAGGAGGUCGAACAAGCAGAGGUAGGCAUGCAACAAUUCGUGAAACAACAAAUCGCUGACGUACCGAUUGCCGAAUCUGUCAUAUUAAUACUACAACGUUUCGAACGUCUGGGCUUGGAAUGUUUAUGCUUGGAUCGACGUUACUUGGAAGUUGCCGAGAUGCUGGAAAAGGAAAUGUUUGUGCUGAAGGAUGUCUACAAUGAGGAACGUGGUAAUCCAUUUAUAGCGCGCAAUAUGCCACCAGUCGCCGGACGUAUCACUUGGAUACGUUCCAUUUUCAAAAAGAUCGAUGAACCAAUGAAGGUGCUGAAGUACCGACAGUGUGUGUUGGCGCAUAAGAAGGCUCAGCGUACAGUGCGCUAUUACAAUUAUAUGAAUGGUAUAAUAUGUCAUUAUGAGAUGACUUAUCACAAGGCUUGGUAUGACUACUGUGAGGAGGUGCGUUGCCUGUUAAAUUCACCCAUUUUACUGUGUCACAAAGAAAUGGCACAAUAUACAGUUAAUUUGGAUCCGGCGAUCAGACAGCUGAUAAAAGAGACAGAAUGGAUGUGGAAGCUGAAAUUGGAGGUGCCGAAUAUUGCCAGCGUGGUAACCUACUGUAAAGAUCGUAUUCUGGAUCCAGCCGUUCAAUUAAAGGAAGUCAUACGACGUUACGAUCAUUUUCGACAAUCGAUUUCGGCUAUUUUCAUUAACAUUAUGCGCUUCCGCCUACAAGAAAUCGGUUUGUUGAUGAAGCCAGCUUUGACCUCAAUCACUUGGAUUUCUGAAAAUCUUGAAGAUUUUGUGCAAGAACUCGAUGAUAAAGUCGAUGAAGUUGAGACAUUCUACCGCACUGUGGUGAAUAUAGAGAAAAUACGUGUACUCCGUGAGAUGGAGAACUUGACAGACUUCUUAUAUGUUUACCAACCGGAAGAACCUAUCACAUCGGAGAAAUAUCUUGAUUUGAGUAAUAAAUUACGUGCUGAGUUGGAAUCUGUUAUCGAGCGUAGCUCAGUUUGUAUUGAACGCGCCGUUAUUGAUCUAAUUAAUAUGUUUGUAGACCUAUUAGAUUUCGGUCCAGUAGACUCGAAAGGUCGACGUGUCUAUCAAUUGCCGAUAGAGAAACUUAAUGACAAUAAUUGGCGCGUCGAAGGCAAUUAUCCAAUUGAUAAGUGGGAUUGGAUACAGUUUCAGAAGAUAUAUCGCACCAUCUAUUUGGUACCGGACGAAGCUUUAAAAGGCCUGCAAAUGAAAAACUAUGAAGGCAUACGCUAUGAGCUGAAUCAUUUACGUAACGAUUGCAUGGAUCUAUUUUCAUAUUACAAUUCAAAAAUGAUUCUAGCAUUGGUGCAAUGUUCCAAGCGAUCUUUAGAUUUUGUGCGACAUAAGAUAUUGAGAACAAACUGGCGCACCGAUCCCAUGAAACCGAUACUCUAUACAAAUAUGGAUAUUGACUUGGAGUUGGGUUGUGCGAUUGAUCCCAGUUUAGAAUUGAUGCAAACUCAUUUCCAUGCUGCCAUACAGGUGUGUACGGAAAUUAAUUAUUUCAUUUCGACCUGGGGUCGCCAAGCGAAGACACUGGAACGACGCAUGAGACGUGUCACUGUCGAUGAGAAUCGUUAUGAGCGUUCUUAUUUCCGUUAUGUUGUGGAUCAUAAGGACAUUAUACGUGCCAUAACGAAUCUAGCUAACGGCUUAUUGUUAUACAAACACGAUGUGGAUGAGUUCUUAUUGGAAACCUUUAAUAAAUUUAAAUAUUUAUGGAGUGAGGACCGGGAACAGAUUAUACAAAGAUUCGUCGAUACCAAUCCCUUAACGGUCGAUAUACGCGAUAAAUUUAUAUACUAUGACAACAUUACAACUGAUUUGGAAGAGAUGGCGGCGAAGAAAGUGAUUGGUCCUAUUGAGAUACGCAUGGAGAAAGCCAUUGCAAAGUAUGUCGAAGAGUCCAAGAAAUGGAAAGUCAUGUUGGGUCAAUUGCUGAGUGCUCAAUACAAGAAACAGUUAGAUGAAAUGGUCGAUUUCAUUACCGAAAUGGAGAUUAUACUUAGUAAGCCCAUAAACGAUUUGGAUGACGUGCGACAGGCGAUGAAUUGCUUAGAGAAGAUACGCGAUAAUUUCAUAACUAUGGAUAUGAAUCUGAGCUUGAUUAUUGACACUUAUGCGCUCUUCGCGCAGUAUAAUAUAUUUAUACCUAAAGAUGACUACGAUAAGGUGGAUAGUUUACAGUUGGCUUUCAAUAAAAUGUUGGAGAAUGCCAAGAAAACCUCACAACGCAUCUCGGACAUGGAGGGCCCACUGCUGCGUGAGCUGAACGAGGGUAUUGCACAGUUUGUCAAAGAAUUCGAACAAUUCAAUAUCGAUUUCGAAGCGAACGGUCCCAUGGUGGAGGGUAUUUCGGCGAAAGAGGCCAGCGAUCGCGUAUUUCUCUUUCAAGGUCAAUUCGAUGAAUUGUGGCGUAAAUAUGAAAUGUAUAACAGUGGUGAAAAGCUUUUUGGUUUACCAAUCACGGAUUAUCCAUUGCUGCAUCAACGUAAACGUGAAUUCAACUAUUUGAAUCGACUGUAUUCGCUGUACAUCCAAGUAUUGAAGACGAUUGCCGACUAUUAUGAAAUGCCUUGGUCUGAGGUGGAUAUAGAAAGGAUCAGCGCCGAGUUGGCCGAUUUCCAAGUGAGAUGCCGCAAAUUACCCAAAGGCAUGCAGUCGUGGCCCGCAUUUAUUGAUUUGAAAAACAAAAUCGAUGAUUUUAAUGAGACAUGCCCACUGCUCGAAUUGAUGACCAACAAGGCAAUGAAAGAACGUCAUUGGGUGCGACUCAAUGCACUGCUCAAGACUGACUUUGACCCGACAAGCGCUAAAUUCACGCUCGGCAAACUGUUGGAGGCGCCCAUCUUGAAGUAUAAGGACGACGUGGAGGACAUUUGUGUGGGCGCCAGUAAGGAAUUGGAUAUUGAAGCGAAAUUGAAACAAGUCAUCAGCGAUUGGUCCGUUGUCAAUUUGCAAUUGGGUCAUUUCAAGAAUCGUGGUGAACUUGUGUUGAAAGGUCAAGAAACACUGGAUAUUAUUGCCUCUUUAGAGGACAGUUUAAUGGUGAUGAAUUCGUUGGCUUCGAACCGUUACAAUGCACCGUUCAAAAAAGACAUACAGCUGUGGUUAUCGAAGUUGGUGAACACCGGUGAGAUUCUAGAGAAAUGGCUGAUGACACAGAAUUUAUGGAUUUACUUGGAAGCGGUCUUUGUUGGUGGUGAUAUAUCGAAGCAAUUACCUUUGGAGGCAAAACGCUUCACAAAUAUUGACAAAAAUUAUGUCAAGAUUAUGUAUAGAGCACGCGAAAUACCCAAUGCCGUGGAGUGUUGCACUGGCGAUGACACUUUGGCCACGAGUCUUACAUGGCUGCUGGAUCAGCUGGAGACGUGCCAGAAGUCAUUGACGGGUUAUUUAGAAUCGAAACGUUUGCUAUUUCCACGUUUCUUUUUCAUUUCGGAUCCGGUAUUACUCGAAAUACUUGGACAAGCUUCAGACCCGACCACCAUACAGCCACACUUGCUUAGCAUAUUCGAUGCUAUAGCAACGGUUGACUUCCAAGAGAAAACAAACGACGUUAUGAUCGCCAUGAACUCGAUGAAUAACGAAAAGGUACCAUUUGAAACCCCAGUCACAUGUAGUGGCAGUGUUGAGGUGUGGCUCGGUAAACUCUUGAAGGAAAUGCAAGACACUAUACGCUCCAUAUUGGCUAGCAUGGCACAGAGCCUCAACGAUCCCGAAUUCAUUUUUGUAGAAGAGUUUCCCGCAUUCUGCGGACAAGCUGGUCUCUUGGGUGUGCAGUUACUUUGGACACGUGACUCUGAAUAUGCGCUACGUAAAUGUCGCACCGAUCGUAUUAUUAUGAAGCGUACGAAUGCGAAAUUCCUCAACUUGCUUAACUAUUUCAUUGAUUUGACUGUGAAGGAUUUAACGAAAUUGGAUCGUGUACGGUUUGAGACGAUGGUCACCAUACAUGUGCAUCAGAGGGACAUAUUCGAUGAUUUAUGCACAAUGCGUGUGAAAUCGGCUGGCGAUUUUGAGUGGCAGAAACAGGCGAGAUUCUAUUAUCACGAAGAUAAUGAUGAAAUCACAGUCGGCAUAACGGAUGUAAAUUUCAUCUAUCAAAAUGAAUAUUUAGGCGUAACUGAAAGAUUGGCAAUUACCCCAUUAACGGAUCGCUGUUAUAUAACUUUGGCGCAGGCUAUUGGCAUGUCAAUGGGCGGCGCUCCCGCCGGCCCUGCUGGAACUGGCAAGACCGAGACCACCAAAGACAUGGGUCGCGCUUUAGGCAAAUUGGUUGUGGUGUUCAAUUGUUCAGAUCAAAUGGAUUUUCGUGGUUUGGGUCGCAUUUACAAAGGAUUGGCGCAAUCGGGCUCUUGGGGCUGUUUCGAUGAGUUCAAUCGUAUCGAAUUGCCUGUGUUGUCGGUGGCGGCUCAGCAAAUUUAUAUUGUGUUGACAGCGCGUAAAGAGAAGCGUUCCUGGUUCUUAUUUAGUGAUGGUGAUGUGGUUACACUUAAUCCCGAAUUCGGUUUAUUCAUCACAAUGAAUCCCGGUUAUGCGGGACGUCAAGAACUGCCGGAGAAUUUGAAGAUUAUGUUCCGUUCAGUGGCGAUGAUGGUGCCGGAUCGUGCUAUUAUUAUUCGUGUCAAACUGGCUAGUUGUGGCUUCAAGGAAAAUUUAAUUUUAUCACGCAAAUUUUAUACGCUCUACAAGCUUUGCGAAGAGCAGCUAUCCAAGCAAGUUCAUUAUGAUUUUGGGCUGCGUAAUAUUUUGUCAGUAUUGCGUACGCUUGGUGCACAAAAACGCGCCAAUCCUAAUGAUACGGAAGAGACUAUCGUGAUGCGUGUAUUGCGUGACAUGAAUGUCUCCAAAUUGAUUGAUGAAGACGAAGGUCUAUUCAUCUCACUGAUCGACGAUAUGUUUCCGGGAAUAAAAUUAACACAAGCAUCUUAUAAAGAUCUGCAGCGGGCCAUUGUGAAGGUCGCUGAUGAAAUGGGUUAUGUCAAUAAUCCGGAAUGGAAUCUGAAAGUGGUGCAACUUUAUGAAACUUCACUGGUGCGUCAUGGUUUGAUGUUGAUGGGUCCAACGGGAUCGGGUAAGACGAGCUGUACCCAUGCAAUGUUAAGGUGCUUCACCGAAAUGGGUCAGCCUCAUAAGGAAAUGCGCAUGAAUCCAAAGGCCAUAACUGCUCCACAAAUGUUUGGACGUCUCGAUGUAGCCACCAAUGAUUGGACCGAUGGUAUUUUCUCAACACUUUGGCGACGUUCACUCAAAAUUCCGAAACAUCAAAAUUGUUGGAUUGUCCUAGAUGGUCCCGUGGAUGCGGUUUGGAUUGAAAACUUGAACUCUGUAUUGGACGAUAAUAAAACAUUGACAUUGGCCAAUGGUGAUCGUAUAAAAAUGGCGGAUAAUUCCAAAUUGGUAUUCGAGCCAGAUAAUGUGGAUAAUGCAUCACCGGCUACUGUCAGUCGUGUCGGUAUGACAUUUAUGAGUUCAUCGGUAUUGAAGUGGACCGUUUAUAUGGAAGCUUGGGUCCGUAGACAACCCUCCGCCGAAGCAGAGGUUUACCGACGCUGUUACGUCGCGAUUUACGAUGAUGCACAUACGUUCCUGCAAACUAAAUUGAUGGCUAAAAUGCGCAUACUGGAGGCUAUUUAUAUUAAGCAAAUGCUUGAAAUAAUGGACGGAAUGUUGGAGGAGUGUAGUAAUAGGACCGAGCGAUUUUUGGAACGCAUGUUUCUAUUCGCUUUAAUGUGGACAUUGGGCGCUGUGCUGGAAAUCAAAGAACGUGACAAAUUUGAAGAGUUUCUGGUUAAGCAUCCCUCAAAGCUUAAGUGGCCCAAGCGUCAGCCGAACGAGACAAUAUUUGAAUUUUAUGUUGAUGAUCAAGGCAUGUGGCAACAUUGGAAUACACGUGUCGAGGAUUUUGUGUAUCCUGAGGAUACCGUACCGGAAUUUGCCUCGAUUUUAGUACCCAAUGUGGAUAAUGUACGUACCGCUUAUCUGAUGCAUAACAUUGCCAAGCAGCGCAAGCAAGUGUUGCUGAUCGGUGAGCAAGGUACUGCCAAGACGGUGAUGAUUAAAGGUUAUAUGGCACACUAUGAUCCAGAGCAACAUUUAUCAAAAUCAUUUAACUUUUCGUCGGCAACCACACCUAAUAUGUAUCAGCGCAUUAUUGAGUCCUAUGUGGAGAAGCGAGUUGGCACAAGCUACGGACCGCCGGGCCAACGUUCCAUGACCGUUUUCAUCGACGAUAUAAACAUGCCGGUCAUCAAUGAAUGGGGCGAUCAAAUAACCAAUGAAAUUGUACGCCAAAUGAUCGAACAAGGUGGUUUCUAUUCGCUGGAGAAACCUGGUGAUUUCUCGACUAUAAUGGAUAUACAGCUACUGGCAGCCAUGAUACAUCCGGGUGGUGGUCGUAACGACAUACCAAAUCGUUUGAAGCGUCACUUAUCCAUCUUCAAUUGCACCUUGCCCAGCAACAAUUCGAUGGAUCAGAUAUUCAACAAAAUCGGACAAGGCUAUUUCUGUUUGGCGCGUUUCAAUGAAGAAGUCGUUGACAUUAUACCACAUUUGGUGCCGCUUACACGCUUAUUCUGGCAAAAUGUCAAAGCCAAGAUGUUACCGACACCGGCGAAUUUCCAUUAUGUAUUCAACUUGCGUGAUCUCUCACGUAUCUGGGAGGGUAUGUUGAAAAUUAAGGCGGAGGAAUGUGAAAGUAUGCAGACGGUGCUGAAGUUAUGGUGUCACGAAUGCACGCGUGUUAUUGCUGAUCGUUUUACUGAGUUCAAGGACAAAGAGUGGUUUGAGAGUUGUAUGAGGCGAGACGCGUUGAAAAAUCUACCCGAAGAAAUAGCGGAGAAUUAUCCAGAGGAAGAAACGUUUUUUGUUGAUUUCUUACGGGAUGCACCCGAUGCCGCUGAAGAUGACGAGGUUGAAAUGUCACUAGAACCACCAAAAGUCUAUGAGGAAAUACCGAGCUUUGAUUUUGUAAAAGAGAAAGUGCAUUUCUACAUGAGUCAAUUCAAUGAAUACAUUCGAGGCUUCACCAUGGACUUGGUCUUCUUUCGCGAUGCUUUGGUCCAUCUAAUGAUUGUAUCGAGAAUACUUAGCAUGCCGAGGGGAAAUGCUCUGCUUGUCGGUGUCGGCGGUUCGGGCAAACAAAGCUUGACGCGCUUAUCAUCUUUCAUCGCAAACUAUAAGUUCUUCCAAAUCGUCUUGACACGCGCCUACAAUGCCGGUAAUCUGGUUGAAGACUUGAAAUAUUUAUAUCGCACAGCUGGUUUAGAGGGACGUGGCAUUACCUUCAUAUUUACCGAUAAUGAAAUAAAGGAUGAUGGAUUUCUCGAGUUUAUCAACAACAUAUUGAGUUCCGGUGAAAUUGCAAAUCUUUUCGCAAAGGACGAAAUGGAUGAGAUCUACAGUGAGAUCAUACCAAUUAUGAAGAAGAUAGCGCCGAAACGCAUACCCACACAGGAUAAUCUCUAUGAUUUCUUCCUAUCACGCGCACGCUACAAUCUACAUAUCGCGUUAUGUUUCUCACCCAUUGGCGAGAAGUUCCGUGCACGUUCGUUGAAAUUCCCUGGUCUCAUUUCCGGUUGUGUCAUUGAUUGGUUCCAAAAAUGGCCCGAAGAUGCACGCGUUGCGGUAUCGCGCCAUUAUUUGAAGGACUUCGCUAUUGUGUGCGCACCCGAGAUUAAAGAGAGUGUAAUUGACCUCAUGAGUUGGAUACAUGAGACGGUAUCCGAAGCUUGUGUAUCGUACUUUGAACGUUUCCGUCGCACUACAUUCGUGACACCCAAGUCACUCAUAUCAUUUUUACAGAGCUACAAAACACUGUAUAAGGAUAAGCAAGUGAAUAUAAUAACAAUGUCCGAUCGUAUGAGUUCCGGUUUAGAUAAGUUGGACGAAGCGGGUGCCGCUGUAUCCGUGCUGAAAAAAGAAUUGAUUGAGAUGAAUAAAGUUAUUGCAAUAGCGACGGAGGAGGCAGAAGAAGUGCUCGAGACUGUGGCACAAUCCACGGCCGCGGCAGAAAUUGUUAAAGUACAGGUGGCCGAGAAGAAAGCGCAAGCUGGCGAAUUAGUGAAGGUCAUUUCGGCCGAUAAGGAGGUGGCUGAAGCCAAAUUGGAAAAGGCACGACCGGCUUUGGAGGAAGCUGAAGCAGCGUUGCGGACGAUUAAAGCUGCCGAUAUUGCGACCGUACGAAAACUUGGCAAACCACCGUAUUUGAUUACGCUCAUAAUGGAUGCAGUGUGUAUAUUAUUCCGUAAGAAAGUAAAGCCUAUUAAAGCAGAUUUGGAAAAGAACUUCUUGCAAAGCUCUUGGGAGGAGUCGUUGAAAGUUAUGUCCGACACGAGCUUUCUGAAGAAGAUUGUCGAUUAUCCCACCGACAUAAUCAAUGCUGAAAUGGUGGACUUGCUUGUGCCCUAUUUUAAUUACAAUUUGUAUACAUUUGAAGCCGCUAAAGUAGCAUGCGGUAAUGUGGCCGGUCUGCUGUCUUGGACCAUAGCUAUGGCCAAGUACUUUGAGGUCAAUAAGGAAGUAUUGCCUUUAAAGGCGAAUUUAGCUAUACAAACAGCCAAAUACCAAAAGGCCGCUGCCGAUUUACAAGAGGCGGAAGAAUUGUUCGCGGCUAAAGAGCGUGAACUAGCCGAGGUGCAACAACGUUUCAAUGAAGCCAUUGCCAAGAAAGAUGCAGUGUUGGCUGAGGCCAAGAAAGUGCAAGACAAAAUGGAUGCGGCAACAGCGCUUAUUAGCGGUUUGGCUGGCGAAAAAAUACGUUGGACCGAACAGAUUUCACAAUUCAAAAACGAAACUGAUCGUCUUGUGGGCGACACUAUAAUAUUGACUGCAUUCCUUUCAUACACGGGUCCUUUCAACCAAGAAUAUCGUCUUGAUUUGCAGUAUCAAUGGUUGAAAGAAGUACGCGAACGCUUAAUACCAUUGUCGGCCAACUUGAAUAUUAUCGAAAGUCUGACGGAUCGUACACAAAUCGGUGAAUGGAAUUUACAAGGCUUGCCCUCAGAUGAACUGUCAGUGCAGAAUGGCAUUAUCGCUACGAAGGCUGUCCGAUUUCCACUGCUGAUCGAUCCACAGUCGCAGGGUAAAGCUUGGAUUAAGAAUAAGGAGAAACAUAACAAUCUCAUUGUGACCACACUAACACAUAAGUACUUCCGUAAUCAUGUCGAGGAUUCUAUCAGUUUGGGUCUACCAAUGAUUAUCGAGGAUGUGGGUGAGGAACUGGAUCCCAGUUUGGACAAUGUCUUGGAUCGUAAUCUAUUGAAGGUGGGCACAACAUAUAAAAUCAAAGUGGGCGACAAAGAGGUGGAUUACAAUGUGGCCUUCCGUUGUUAUAUAACCACAAAACUACCGAAUCCCUCGUACACACCCGAAGUAUCGGCGCGUACCUCAAUUAUAGACUUUACGGUAACAAUGAAAGGUCUUGAGGACCAGCUGUUGGGACGUGUCAUCUUGACUGAACGUAAAGAGCUAGAGGAGGAGCGUCAAGAGUUGGUCGAAACGGUAACAAACAAUAUGAAGAAGAUGAAGGAGUUGGAAGCCAAUUUACUACAUAAGCUGUCCACCACAAAAGGUAGCUUGUUGGAUGAUGUAACGGUGAUCGAAGUGUUGAACACCAGUAAAAAUACGGCUAUAGAAGUGAAGGAGAAAAUCGAAAUCGCAAAAAUAACUGAGUCGAAAAUUAAUUUGGCGCGUGAAGAAUACCGACCGGUGGCAACCCGUGGCAGUGUUUUAUAUUUCUUGGUUUGCAGCAUGGCAAUGGUGAAUAAUAUGUAUCAGACAUCGUUAGUGCAAUUUCUGGAGCGUUUCGAUGCCUCCAUGCAUCUUUCGGCUAAGACACACAUCACCGCUAAGCGCAUAAAACGCAUUAUCUCGUAUUUGACAUUCGAAAUCUAUCGCUACAAGUCACGUGGCCUCUACGAACAGCAUAAAUUCUUGUUUGUGCUUUUGAUGGCGCUAAAUAUUGAUCAGCAAUUAGAUCAUGUGAGCUAUGAUGAAUUUCAGAACUUCAUAAAAGGUGGCGCAGCCUUGAAUUUGAAUGAUUGCCCACCGGUGCCGUUUCGUUGGAUUACCGAUGAGACGUGGUUAAAUUUAGUGCAACUGUCAAAGAUGACACUCUUCGCGCACGUCCUAACCAAAGUUUCGAAUAAUGAACGCGGUUGGUUUAAUUGGUACAAGAAAGAAUGUCCAGAAAACGAGACUAUACCUGAUGGUUAUAACUCAUUGCAGCCAUUCCACAAACUACUAUUAAUACGCUCCUGGUGUGUUGAUCGUUCUAUUGCGCAGAGUCGUAAAUAUAUCGCCUACUCUUUAGGUGAGCGUUUCGCAGAACCUGUAGUCUUGAACUUUGAUGAAUUGCUGUCGGAGAGUAAACCAUUGACUCCUCUGGUUUGCUUUCUCUCAAUGGGUUCCGAUCCAUCGUCCAAUAUCGAAUCUUUAGCUAAGAAAAACGAGCUCAAAUGUUACCCUAUAUCGAUGGGUCAAGGUCAGGAGAUACACGCACGUAAACUCGUAGCAAAUUGUUUACAAGAUGGUGGCUGGGUGCUACUACAGAAUUGUCACUUGGGUUUGGAGUAUAUGAAUGAACUGUGCCUACAGUUGUUGGAAUUGGAAAAGGCCGAACCAGGCUCAUUUAAUGAGAGUUUUCGCGUUUGGAUCACCACAGAACCACAUGACAAGUUCUCAAUUACACUGCUGCAGAUGUCCAUUAAAUUUACUAAUGAACCACCGGCAGGCAUACGUGCUGGCCUCAAACGUACCUACGGCAAUAUGUCACAAGAUUUUCUCGACUAUUCGCAAUCGCCCUUCUAUCAUCCACUGGUCUUUGCGAUCUCCUUUCUGCAUACAGUUGUACAAGAACGUCGCAAAUUCGGUCCAUUAGGUUGGAAUAUACCGUAUGAAUUCAAUUUCGCCGAUUGGUACGCCAGCUGUCUAUUUGUACAAAAUCACUUGGAUGAUUUGGAACCCGGUAAGGGCAUAAGUUGGACCACAGUACGUUAUAUGUUAGGCGAGGUGCAGUAUGGCGGUCGUGUUACAGACGAUUAUGAUAAACGCUUGCUGAAUACUUUUGCGCGCGUAUGGUUUCAUGACAAUCUCUUCGCACCGACAUUUGAAUUCUUCAAGGGUUACAAGAUAUUCAGUUUCAAGGAACAAGAAUCAUAUUUAGAAGCGAUUGAGGAUAUGCCUCUAUUGGAUCCACCACAAGUUUACGGUUUUCAUUCCAAUGCUGAGAUUACCUAUCAGACAAAUACGAUGAGGAGUAUUUUGGACACUGUCGUUUCAAUACAGCCGAAGGAAUCUUCCAGUGGUACGGGUGAAACUCGAGAAGACCGUGUUGCGCGUUCGACACGUGAAAUGCAGAGUAAAAUGCCCCAACCGUAUGAUUUGUAUGAGGUGCGAGAACGUCUACGCCUAAUGGGGCAUACGAGCUCAAUGAACAUAUUUUUACGACAAGAAAUUGAUCGUAUGCAAAAGAUUAUUAUACUGGUGCGAACUACACUGAAGGACUUGCUACUUGCCAUCGAAGGUACCAUUAUCAUGAGUGAACAACUACGCGAUGCUUUGGAUAAUAUUUUCAAUGCGCGUGUGCCAGAAAUGUGGAAACGUGGUAGUUGGUUGUCGUCUAGUUUAGGUUUCUGGUUUACUGAGCUAUUGGAACGCAAUCAACAAUUUCACACUUGGUGUUUCAGCGGUCGCCCCGUUGUAUUCUGGAUGUCUGGCUUCUUCAACCCGCAAGGUUUUCUAACAGCUAUGAAACAAGAAGUAGCACGGGCACAUCAAGGUUGGGCCUUAGAUCAGGUUACCAUGCAUAAUGAUGUGCUAAAGGUCGGCAUUGAAGAGUGUAAAAAGCCACCUAAGGAAGGUGUCUUCGUCGAGGGCUUGUUUGUUGACGGCGCUGGUUGGGAUCGUAAGCUCUCUAGAUUAAUUGAAGCGACAAACAAAGUGCUGUACGUACUCUUGCCGGUUGUACACAUAUAUGCUAUAAAUUCUGUGGCGCCGAAAAAUCCAAAAUUAUAUACGUGCCCGGUGUAUAAGAAAAUUAAUCGCACCGACCUCAACUACAUCACCCCACUUUGGCUGCAGUCACAGAAACCGCCUGAUCACUGGAUAUUACGUGGUGUUGCGUUGCUUUGCGAUAUUAAAUAA